CUCCCGGGCUAUUCGGUUGUCCCCGUUUGAUCGAUCGAUCUUCGAUUAAGAACGGGUUUGAUCCGCCAUACCCUCUACUCCGUUCCGUUGCGGUCUGUAUUAUUACGUUGUCGACAAAUGAUAUCGGGAAAUAUGCCACUUGCUGCUAUUCUAUCCAUUGGUGUAUUAAGUUCGAAGGGAAUCUCAAUCUGCAAUGAAGAAACGAUAGUAGCUCGUUGUUCCAUAGGCUUUCUAAUCUUCAGUCAGAGGAGUUCGGGUAAUACUUCCAAAGCAGCAUUUCAGGAUAGAAUCGGGGCUAUUCAGCGGGAAUUGCAGCAAUUCCUCGAUCCUAACGAAGUGGUGUCUCCGAAAUCCAAGGAACAACAGCAAAACCUUCGGAUCAGCUUGCGUUCAAUUACGCCGGAAAUUGUACAAUCACUACCGAAUGAGACGGCACGCUGUGCACCUAAGUGCGAAAGGACAGUGCAAGCUGUGUCAUGCCGAAACCCGAAUGUGGAGUCAGCAACACCUCCAAAUGCCAUUUCUUCCCGUCGCAUCCGUCUUCGCAACAAUAUAGUCACAGGUUUUCACUCCCCGCUGAUUCACAAAUUCGCCGCCGGAGGGCCUGAUGCGAAAAAAGCUUUUCCCGUAGAACCGAUCCGAGAAGGGCUUCGUCGUCUCGAGACGACGCCAAAAGAGUUUAUUAAAAGAACGCCUACGUCCGAACAACCCCCCCAUCCACGCAGGGGUCCAGACUAUAGCAGGCCCCAUCCACGCAGGGGUCCAGACUAUAGCGGGGAGCUGACCCCCUCCCGGAUCGAAUUCUUAAUUUCGGGUCUUCGGGAGGCUAGAGACCGCCGGCAUCAAUAAGAGCUAGAAUCGAGG